AUGACUGUCAAGAGUUAUGACCAGCUACUGCAGUGCAUUUCGAGACGCAUCGAAAGACCGCUACAGAAGGGCAAUUUCUCCUGCAGAGCGGCUAAUGGUGACAAUAAAGUUUCUUGCUGUGGAAGAAAGUCUGUCAUUGCUGCAUUACCAGUAUCGAAUGGGAAUUUCAACGAUCUCUGGUAUAGUCCGCGAUACUUGACGUGCCUUAUACUGACACGAGCUAGACAACUGGUGGAGUGCGCCUUUGGCAUUUCAGUUGCCAAAUGGCGUAUUCUCACCAAAGCCAUGAAUCUUAAGGUUGAAACCAUAGACGAUAUAGUUAAAGCUUGUGUAGUUCUACAUAACUAUCUUUUAUCAGAGGAACCACUGUGCCUGGACCCGCAAGAGGUUGAUUGCGCACUCACCAGGCUGCAACAUCUGGGGUAUCGUUCAAACCUUGCUGUGGCCCGAAUGAGGGACAGUUUUGCCGAUUAUUUUGUUUCUGAAGCGGGCAGAGGGAACAAUUACACUGCAGUCACACAGUUUUUCCUCUUAGGAUUUCAAGUCAGUCAAGAAUUAAGAAUUUCACUGUUCUUUCUUUUCCUUGUGGUUUAUUGUGUGACAAUAUUUGGGAAUCUUCUGAUCAUUACCCUGGUGUCCAUGAACAAGAACCUCCACACUCCAAUGUACUUUUUCAUCUCACAACUGUCCAUAAGUGACAUUUUGGUGACCACAGAUAUUGUCCCCAACCUGCUCCACAUCCUACUGAAUAAUGGGGCGACCAUUACUUUUAUUGACUGUAUUACUCAGUUUUAUUUUUUAUGUGCUUCAGAAACAUUUGAAUGUCUUUUCCUUGCUGUGAUGUCUUAUGACAGAUAUGUGGCCAUCUGUAAUCCGCUACGUUACACCUCUAUCAUGACAAAUGGAUAUUGUCUGAUAUUGACUGUCAUCUGUUGGUUGUUUGGCUGUUCUAUGAUUUUGACUUACAUCAUUACAACAACAAAGCUAUAUUUUUGUCGAUCAAAUAUCAUUGACCAUUUCUUCUGUGACAUUAUCCCGUUACUAGAACUUGUCUGUUCUGACACCUUCAUUGUUCACUUGGAGAUUUAUUCAGUUGGCUUUCCAAUUGUGUUCAUUCCAACCACAAUCAUUGUAACGUCUUAUACUUACAUUGUUGUAGCAGUCUUAAGGAUCCCAUCCAGUACUGGUAGACAGAAAGCCUUCUCCACCUGUAGCUCCCACCUCAUUGUGGUCUCCAUAUUCUACUGGACCAUGUUCAGUGUUUAUAUUGUCCCAAAUAAAGGACAAACACUUACUAUAAGUAAAAUCCUAUCAUUGUUAUAUACUGUGUUUACUCCUCUAGUCAACCCCAUUAUAUACAGUCUGAGAAACAAAGACAUUAAGAAAGCUAUACAAUUGUGGAAUCACUAG